AUGGCCCAGGGCAUGCGCUGGAUGGACCUGGGCGAGCUCAGUGACGUAUAUUACACACUGCCCUGGCACCGGCUGUGGCUGGUGCGACAGGAGGCUACCGUGCUCCAGCCAGUCGACGAUUCCUUGUAUGGGGCGAGAGUUUCUCUAACAAACGAAUUCCUGGAAAUCCACGACUGGAGAGACCUGGGAGACGACCACUUCACACGCGUGCCCAAGAAGACACCUGGCAGGGGCGACAAGUUUACCGUCUGGUCCAUCAGAGAACUGCCAGAUUACAGUGUUUCAUUGGGUCAUUCUUCAAACCAGGACGGGUUUGCCAAGCAGGUAACAUGGGUCCUUCCUUCUGGAAUUUCAACUGCUGCAAGUGAGGCCACCUUGUCUUUCGAGCCAGACUUCCCUGUGUCCGACCAAAGUCCCGAUGCAUGGCAAGAAGAGUUAAGUGGGUCGCAGGCGGACUCGGCAGAUCGAAUGGAUCAAACCAUCGUUUGUACAGGAGCCAGACCCGAAGAUAGGAAGCGUGAGAAAUGCAGUAACAAGCAGAGGGACAAGGAAGAAGAGAAGGUUGGGCGGGCAGAUUAUAAGCAAGAAAAGAGCGAACAGGGGAGCGAACAGGGGAGCGAACAAGAGAACGAAAAGGAGAACGAAAAGGAGAACGAACAGGAGAACGAACAGGAAAAGCUUGGGUACAUGUUUCUCAUCUUCGAAGAACACGUCAAGUUGUACAGAGCUCUUCAAAAGACCAUGUCUUCGCGACAGCGCGGUUCCGUGUGCCGUCUGUUAGGGGGUACUGGGACUGGUAAGACGCACGCGUGCCUGUAUGUACUGUUCCGGGAACUCGCGAAAGACUUUGGUACUCUCGUGAUAAAGCGAACUGACCUCCUCGGAGUGCGACAAUAG